CCCUAAAAGAAAAAGGUAAAAGAAAAGGUUUUGAGAUGAAUAUUAACAAUAUAAAUAGUAACGUGUAGUAGUGUUAUACCAAACUUUGCUUCUCUUUUCCACCCAAAACCAGAAAGAGCAACAUGUUUAGCCUUAAGCGCUUUGUUGAAUCGAACAGUCUAAGGUCAAUUCCUUCAAACUACAUUUGCCAAAAAAAUGAAGACGAUGAUUCCAUGUUGUAUUUGUAUGAUGCACAAAAUAUUCCAAUAAUUGACUUGUCCAACCUCAUCUCUUCUCAUCUAGACGAUCGCUUCAAUGAAAUUCAAAAACUUGGCGAUGCUUGUCGUGAUUGGGGUUUUUUUAUGCUAAUCAAUCAUGGGGUGUCGGAGAAACUAAGGGAAGAGGUGCUAAGAGCAAGCCAAUGCUUUUUUGAUCUAAGAGGGGAAGAAAAAAAGGAUUACGUAGGAGAAAAUGUAUUUGAUCCAAUUAGAUGUGGAACAAGCUUCAAUGUGAAGGUAGACAAAACCCUCUAUUGGAGAGAUUGUCUCAAAUGUUAUGUUCAUCCUCAUUUUCAUGCUCCUUCCAAGCCCCUUGGUUUUAGUGAAACUUUAGAGGAAUAUGUAACAAAGAUCAACGAAGUGAUUGGAGAGUUGCUAAAAGGAAUAUCUUUGAGCUUGGGCCUAGAAGAAAAUUACAUACACAAAAGUAUGAAUAUAGAAUCGGGCUCCCAGUUGCUUGUUAUCAACUACUACCCACCAUGUCCUAAACCUGAACUUGUCAUGGGCCUACCCGCUCACACAGAUCAUGGGCUUCUAACCAUCUUAAUACAAAAUGAGUUUGGUGGGCUUCAAAUUGAACAUGAUGGCAAGUGGAUUCCUGUUAAUCCUUUACCCAAUUCGUUUCUCAUCAACACUGGGGAUCAUUUGGAGAUACUUACCAAUGGAAAAUACAAGAGUGUUGUUCAUCGUGCUGUGGUGAUGAAUAAGAAAGCUGCAAGAAUUUCAGUUGCAACAGCAUAUGGCCCCACACUUGACACCAUUGUUCGCCCUGCACCGGAGCUGCUUACCAAGGAUAAUCCCAUCACAUAUCGUGGCAUUAAAUAUAGAGAGUACAUCCAACUUCAGCAAAGUCAACAAUUAGACAGAAAAUCUUGCUUAGACCGUAUUCGAAUUUGAAUUGAAAUAUGAAUAAUGAUGUUAUAAUACACAUCAGUCUCGAAUUUAUAUAUGACCUACAAAAACUUCGUGGAAUCUAUCUAUAUGUUAAGAAAAUGUGUGUUAAAAAAUUGUGUUAGCUAGCACUAUUGUUAAAUAUGCGUUAGCAAUAUCUGAUAUUUUAAAAUAAGUUUAAUUAUUAUGUA